GCCACCAUGAAGAAGGUGGCUGCAGAAGAUGUCAACGUUGCUUUUGAAGAUCAACAAAAGAUAAACAAAUUUGCACGGAAUACGAGUAGAAUCACAGAGCUGAAGGAAGAAAUAGAAGUAAAAAAGAAACAGCUCCAGAAUUUAGAAGAUGCUUGUGAUGACAUCACGCUUGCAGAUGAAGACUGUUUAAUGAUACCUUAUCAAAUUGGUGAUGUUUUCAUUAGCCAUUCUCAAGAAGAAACACAAGAAAUGUUAGAAGAAGCGAAGAAAAAUUUGCAAGAAGAAAUUGAUGCCUUAGGAUCCAGAGUGGAAUCAAUUCAGCGGGUGUUAGCAGAUUUGAAAGUUCAGUUAUAUGCAAAAUUUGGGAGCAAAAUAAACCUUGAAGCUGAUGCAAGCUAAACAUUUUAUAAUACUUUUUUCUAAUUUGUUAAUUUGUUUAAUAAACUUGAAUAUUGUUUAAAA